AUGAGUGGCCCGUGGGAAGUGGACAGAAAUUGCUGUGGCCUGAGUGGCUCCUGGGCGGUGAACAGAGAGUGCUAUGGCCUGGGUGGCGCCGCCCCUGCCUUGGCUAAGGCCUCUCUGGCGGGCGGCGUCCUGCGGGACCUCUCGGACUACGGCACCGUGCUGCGGAUCCUGCGGCCGCACUUCGCGUCGCGGAAGAUCCUCGAGGAGGUGGAGUUGGCGGCGCCUCCCAACGCCAGCGGCAUCUCCCCGGGCUCCGUGCUGCUGAAACGCAUCGGUGACGAGGUGAAGUUGCUGACGGACCGUGAUGAUUGUGAAGAG